AUCGUCGUGUCGUACGUGCGGCGUCGAUAGUCGACGAUCUUCGAGACUUGGUGUUUAAAGAUCUCGUAAAAUUUCUUCUCUUCUUCGUAUCUAUUGAUAUUCGAUUUAGAAACAAAUCGAUCGACCAAUUAUGUCGGUUGACAUUAAACUUUCGAGAAACGAUGCUCAACCUUGGGGCCUUCGUCUUUCCGGAGGGGUGGAUUUCAGUUUUCCUUUGACAGUCGUCAGGGUAACGAUCGGAGGGCUGGCCGAUAAAGCUGGCUUACGAGCGGGUGACGUGGUGAUCAAAUUGAAUGGAGAACCUAUGCAUCAGCUGACACAUGCCGACGCUCACAAUAGACUUGUCAAUGCUGGCAACAAUUUCGAGCUGACUGUCGCACGAGAUCGUAUAAUCCGUAACGUUCCCCAACAGUAGAACUGCUUUUCAUCUUUUAUCAUUCCCUUACAUCCUUUUCUUUCCUUCUAUCCUUCUCGUCAAUUUUCACGCACUGUACGAAAGAAAUAGACGCAUAUUUGAAAUAAGACCGUUUCAAAUAUUUCGCUAUAGCGGCGAUUUAAUAAUUCGUUUUCACCGAAUAGAAUAAGAAGAAGUUGUUUAUCGAGGCAUGCUCGCGCGGCAUCUGGCAACGCUAACCAAGGUCCGUUCGGAUGAGCUUGCGACAUUCUUGUUUCGUCCAACGUGCGCUCGAUUGACCUACAUCGCGGUACACAAUUUGUCAACUAUCGAUCCUAACUCGAAGCGAUCGCCUGGCAACGACAACGGCGUGCUUUUCGACCACUCUCUCGUCCCUUCUCUCUCCUAUCUCCCCCCCCUCCUCUCUUCUCUCUCUCUCUCUCUCUCUCUCUCUCUCUCUCUCUCUCUCUUCGACCACUAGAGAGCGAACCUUUUUAAGAUCCAAUUAAUUGAUCCACUUUGGACGACAAGAAGCAAACGUUAAGUGCACCUUAUCCGCAAACCUCGAUACACCUUUCCUCUUUCCAAAGAAAAUCGAAAAUCGUCCAUUUUCGAGAAGCCCGCUGAUAGGUCUUCGUUUAGAUCGGAUAAUUGAGACAAAAGGACAGCGUUUAUAAUUUCGACAUUAAUAUUAUCGCGAUAUUGAAAGAUUAGACGACGACUCGAAUUUUCUCA